AUGCAGAUCACGCUGCCUGCGGGCGCGGCGGCGGGAACGCCCGUGCACGUCGCCACCUCCUCGGGCGGCGAGUUUGAGAUUGUCGUGCCGGAGGGGUGCGGGCCGGGCCAGCCACGCAAUCGGUUUGACCCCGCGCUUGGCGGCGGGGCCGUCUCGCUCGUCUCGUGCCUUAUCCGACCCUCGUGGCCGUCGGCCUUCUUCUGA